GCUUGCACUUUACAACUUGAAGAAAUCCGAAAUGGAUGGACUCGAAUGCGAACUGUGGCACGGAACCAAGGAAUCCAAUGUCGAUCUAAUUUGCAAGAACAAUUUAGACUACAGAUUAGUGAUAGAGCAGAAGUUCGGCAAAGGCGUUUCGUUCUCAAAAUAUUUUUCGUACGCGUUCCACUACAGCGUUUCAAAUAGACCAAUGUUAAAUAAGGAAUAUUGUGUAUUCCUCUGCAAAGUUAUAAAGAAUAAAUGUCAUAUUGGUAGUCAAGGAUUAAAAUAUCCAAAGAGUGGAUACGAUUCGACGAUGAAAUCCAAUGAAGAUGUGAUUGUCAAGUACGAUGAUGACACUUUUUACCCGAUGUACAAAAUAGGCUUCACCAUAAAUAGUAAAAAUGUUUUUGAUAAUGACCGUGAUUUCUGGUUGGAUGAUGAAAAUGACCCUGAAUUCUAUUUCGGGGAUGAUAAUGACCCUGAAUUCUAUUUCGGGGAUUCAGGGUCAUUAGAAUUCUGGUAGGAUAAUGAAAAUGACCCUGAAUUCUGGUUGGAUGAUAAAGACUAUUUUUAAGACUUUUAUUUUAUGUAACGUUCUUUUGUGUCAUAUAUAGAUACACUUUUGUAUUAAGUUAGCAAUACUAGAAAUAAAC